AUGAUGCGUUGUUCAAUGGUGUUAUUGGUAGUGCUGUCGGUGAUGGUUGCGAUUGGUUGGUGCGAUGAGAGGAAGGUGACUCGCUUACAGAUCGGCAUCAAGAAACGUGCCGAGAAAUGCGAUAUGAAAGCAAUGAAGGGUGACGUUCUUCACAUGCAUUACACUGGUACGCUUGAAGAUGGUACCGAAUUCGAUAGUAGUCGAACACGCAAUCAGGAAUUUACUUUCACGUUGGGUAUGGGUCAGGUGAUUAAGGGAUGGGAUCAGGGCUUAUUGAAUAUGUGUGAAGGUGAACAGAGACGUCUGACAAUUCCAGCUGAUUUGGGAUAUGGAGAGCGUGGAGCACCACCAAAGAUACCACGUUAG